UAUAAUAUAAAUCAACAUGUUCAAAGGUAGACUCCAGAAAGUCUGGAAAUUUAUUUGAUGGUAUAAAUUCCACCAUAACUGGUUUAUUGAAGAGAUCCAAAGCUAUGGGAUCUUCAAUCCCAUUCGUUUUGAAGACUCUCGGGUUGAAAAGAUGUACCAGGAGCAUCGACUCAAGACGAUUAGAGCCAACUGGAAGUUUAUUCUCUUAAUUCUGAAGAUCAAGUUCCUCCUUGCUUCAAUCGUGUUCCAAUUAAACGAGGAAGAGGGAUCCCUGCUAAAUAAAUUCAUUCCAAUCAUGAUGUUCUUUGUGAUAUAUGGGCUCAAGUAUUUAAUCAGAAAGAGCGACUUUGUGGCAAGACAUGGAGCUAUACUCUUGGUCAUUCUUUUUGGAGUGCUGAUGGCGAUAGCCAAUCUUCAGUUUAUUCAAUUUAGGUACCCUGAAGGAUUCUGAUUCAUCAUUUCUAUAUCCUUGUUGCUAGUGACAUGACUUGCUUGAGACUGGAAGGUAUCCUCAGCUGCUGUAUUUUUGGUCUAUAUUCAUUUAUAUGUCAUGCGCAAGAUUCCCUUCCUUGAUUCUUCAGGAGAAACAACACUUUUAAAUCGUGAAAUUAUUGGUUAUAAUCAAGUGCAACCUUGGGUUCUCCAGAUUCUUAUAUUUUCAUUAACCAUAUUCUGUUGUAAUGCUUUUCUGUUAUCGAGAACAUUCAAACAAGAGUUCAUUUCUACUCAUAAGGCCAAACAGGCUACUUCUCAGCUCAAGAAGGUCCUACAGGUUUUGCCUGAAGGGGUCAUCAUCAUGGAUGAACGAGGGGAGAACCUCAAAUUCAUUAACAAAAAGCUCAAACAGGCCUUCGAUGUUUCCUCCUUUUAUAAGACCAAAAGUGAUAAUAUGGAUGUAGCAGAGGCCAAAGAAUCUAUUGAUAAGUUGCUUGAAGACAUAUACGAAAGAACACUAGCAGACUCUUUGGCUUCUAGAGACUCUCUUACUUUGACGGACGACAUUUUCAAUAGCUUUGUGGUCAGAAUCAAGAAAGAUAAAGUUGAAGAAGGCAAAGGAGAAGACCCUGCCAUCAAAGUUGAAAAAUAUGAAGAAAUUGUAUUGUCGAAAUUUCUCCAAGACGAACGAGAGCUAGCUCUGAGGGAGGAGGACUUUGACAGAAGCACUAAAGUCUCAAUGUCGUAUAAGAAUAAGAGUAUUUGAAGAGAAAUAGAGAAAAUAUAUAGAGACUUUGUUGUCACAACAUCUAAAAUAGAUGUCGUGGAUGAUCGUGAUAAAAAUCCAACAUUUCUCCAAAUGUUUAUGGACACGACCCAGAUUACUAUGCUUGAGGAGGCCAAGUCUCAAAGUCACUAUCAAAGACAGAUGCUCUCCAAUGUGUCACAUGAGUUCAGGACUCCUCUCAAUGCGAUGUCUUUAUCAUUGCACCUGAUGAGGCCUUAUAUUUAUGAAGACUUAUCUAAAUAUCACCAAAUAGCAAAUUCUUUCUGAGACAUACUCAAAGGGCUAGUCGAGGAUAUCCUAGAUUUCUCAAAGAUAGAGUCAGGGGUCUUCGAAAUCCAAGAAUCAGAGUUCUUAUUCAAACAACUCUUUGAUGAAGUUAACUCCAUCUUCGAGAUGCAGUGUAGAAUGAAGGGAGUGGAUUUGAACUUUGAAAUUGCUAGUGUCUUUGAGGAACUUAAAAUUAAAGCUGAUAAAGAUCGUAUCAAACAAAUUCUACUGAACUUACUUUCUAACUCACUUAAAUUCACAGACAGAGGGUCUAUUAACAUCGAGAUCAAAAUCCAAGAAACAGAAGAUUUUUACAUGGACCAAAUAGAUUCGAGUGAAGAAAUAAAGAUAUUUUCUCCAGACGUGUUCGAAGAAAUGCCAGUGUGAAAUCUUUUGCUCACAUCAAAUAAUUAUGAAUUCACAUCAAACCCGUCAAAGUUUGAUGGGGCCUUCCAAGAUUCUUCAGCCAGAAACAAGAGAAAUGAAGAGAUUCGAAAAGAAGUAGAUGAGUCGAUGGUAUCUGAUUAUACCAAAGAGCUGAAGCUAGAACUGACUGUGACUGACACUGGCCUUGGCAUUCCAAAGAAGGAUCUUUCAUCUUUAUUCAAAAGGUUUGGGAAGACCAGCUCCAACCACAACAGAAACAAGACUGGGACUGGCCUCGGCCUGACCAUCUGCAAGAUGCUGUGUGAGAAACUGGGAGGCAGAAUCCAGUUGAAAUCGAAACCAGGGAUUGGAACAACGGUGACAUGCAUCUUUACAUGCUUUUACUAA